AUGAUAAUGGCUGUGUUACGAAGCACUGUGCGACAAGCAGUGAAGCCUUUCACUUCGUUACCCAUUAACCUCAGAGCUUUCCAUAGUGAAUUCAUUAAAUGUUCGUCAACCACAAGCAACCUAGAUAGCACCAAUAAAACCGAAGACUCCCUCAUCAUAAGUGACCGAUGUGUCUUGAAAAUGAAGAAGAUGGGUUCACCACACUGUUUUCUCCGGGUGUCCGUUGAAGGCGGAGGUUGCUCGGGUUUCCAAACAAAAUUCGAUCUGGACACUGCAGUGAAAGAAGAUGACCGACUUUUCGAGCGAGAUGGCGUUAAAGUUGUAAUUGACGUCGAUUCGUUAGAAUUCUUGAAAGGAUCUACGAUAGACUACGAGGAGGAACUUAUACGAAGCUCAUUCGCCAUUACAAAAAACCCUCAGGCUGAUCAAGGUUGUUCAUGUGGAGCUUCUUUUUCUCUUAAGGAUUUGUGA